AAUAUAUAUUUUUCUUUCUAACCAUUACUUUUUCAUUAAAAAAAACGACAACUAACAUUUUUAUACAACAUUUUAUAGCUUAAAAUAUGGCUAUAUCAACUAAUACAAAUUACACCAAAAGACAAUCGCUCCGCGCACAACACUAGUGCUUCUAAUAUUAUGAAGAAGAAUUUUUUUCCUUCCUUGUUCCGCCACGUCAUCAAUUGGGUGUCGGAGAGCGCGACACGUGUCUACUUCUUCAAAAACUCACCGUUUCAUUUUGGGUUACGUGGUUUUAUGAUUUAGUGGGCCUUAUGUUUACUCAUGUAAUUCAGCCCAGAGACAGCUAGACCAGCCGCAAGAAUUUUAGGGUUUCGUGUUCUUUUCCACAAUUAAUCGACGAUGGACGAGUCUUCUUCUCCAAUCUCUGAUACAGCUAUUGAGUUUGUUACCUUCAAUCCACGUUAAGAAUCACUCUGUAAAUCUUCGACCUGGCGUUCUGUCUUCUCUUCAGAUAAACAGAAACGUUUCUGAUUCAUCCUUUUAUCGUGCUCAACUCCAUCAUCCCUCUUCUAGCACCAUCUGUAAUUGAAUGCAUCUUAUUCUUCUGCAAGGCAGUGUCUCUGUUCCUAUAAAAGGCCGAUGUCCUUCAAACAUGGAUGUGAGAUUGCUCAGACUCUAGGAAGCCAGUGGGGGGGUUGAUGGGCCUGGAUAUGCUCUUACUGUAAAUGUAGAAUGUUCGUUGUCCUGUAAUUUAUUGUUUUUAUGAAGGUUGGGGAGAUGGUGGAAGAUUAAGUUCAAACCAACACGAGCUAACUGACUACUAGAAAGCUUAAGAGUGUUAUGCAGAUGAACACCAGUGAGUUGAUUUGUCAGGUCGUUUCUGAAGCAGAAAUCUUUCUUUCAGCAUCUGAUGUGAAGGAUAACUACAUGGAUGCCAGUCUAUUACCGAAGUGUAAACGGUUUCAGACAGUUAUUUUCCUUGAGCGGGUCUGCCACUGUAAUGUUCAAGCUAGCCAAAUUCACCAGAAAUUAGUUGGGGUGGGUGUGGAGCUUAAGAUUAUUCUUGCCACCAGAAUUAAUCCCAAGUUUGUUGGAUGCCUAUUUCUGAAUGCAACAUCGGGGACUUAUUACUUGGACAACGAAACACUAGCAAGUGAAACCUUUUUGGCUGGUUUGGUUGAGAGCAUCGAGACAAGCAAUGGAUGGAGCUACAUGUGUACGUGUCCUACAUCUGCUCAGAUGGUGACAAGUUAGCUGUAACUAGCGGUGAGGUCCCAGUGAACACAGCAGCUGCUCAAUCAACUCUUAGCGGGAGCUAGGCAUCAGAACUACAUGUUGCAUCCGAGGAGAGUACACUAAAAAAUCACGCAAGGCCUAGCUGUAUAAGCUACCCAUAUGAAUAAUUUUCUGCAUUUUCUAAAGCUUUUGCAUUGUUUUUUUUUUAAACAGUCUGUUUUAGUUUCAUGUAAUUUUUAUGACCAAAAGAAAGAAAUAACAUAAUUUGAAUAUAAGUUAAUUUCAGGUA